AUGAGUUUUAGAAAUUAUAAGGAUAAAGUAGAUGAAGGAGAUACAGUGAUCUUAUACCUUAGUAACAAUUUAUAUGCAAUAGAUGUUAAGACUGAAGUUAAAAAUAAGAAAGGUGAAACGAUUGAGAAUGUCUUCCAAACACCUUUCGGUGCUUUAAAAGUAAGGAACUUAAUUGGUAUACAGUAUGGAAGUCGGAUAGAACUAUCAAAAGGCUGGGGACACAUACUACAGCCCACCCCUGAGAUGUGGUCCCUAACAUUGCCUCACCGCACUCAAAUUAUAUACACGCCUGACAUAAGCAUGAUCCUGUUCCAAUUGGACUUAGUUCCUGGCUGUGUUGUCAUCGAAGCUGGUACAGGUAGUGGCUCCUUAACUCAUGCACUCAUACGUCGCGUGCGGCCAGAAGGGCAUGUUUACACUUUUGAUUUUCAUGAGCACAGAUCCAAAAUUGCUAGAGAAGAGUUUGAGGCUCAUGAUGUUGCCGACUUUGUUACUGCGCAACACAGAGACAUCAUACGAGACGGCUUUUCUGAAGAAUUGAAUGGGAAAGCGGAUGCCGUGUUUUUGGAUUUACCCAGUCCUUGGCUUGGAAUUUCUCAUGCAGUAAAUGCCAUCAAAGAACAAGGCGGAAGAUUCUGUUCGUUCUCUCCUUGCAUCGAACAAGUACAAAGGACAUGUCUAGUUCUACAAGAGAAUGGCUUCCAGGACAUCAACACUAUGGAGAUAUUGCAGAGGGAGCUUAAAGUUACUAAAAGAACGAUACCCGUGAGGGACUUAUCAUUUCUGAAACACAAAAGUUCAGAAAGUCCAGUUGAGGAGAAGCCGAGCGGUGACACAAGCUACGUGGUGGCCGCGCGUCCCGUCAGUACUCCAGGACACACGGGUUUCCUCACUGUAGCUACUUUACCACCGGCUUUUGCUAGAAGUAAAGCAAAAAAAGCAAAAACUGAGGAUUCUGAAGACACUGACACGAGUAAUGUUACACAUGGUGAUAGAUAAUUGUAUCGUCGUUAAAUAUACUUUUAAAUGAAA